AACCUUGCCGUGGUACGCGACGCGCCGGACGCGCGUAUCGGUGCGGCAUCAUCCCCGUCGUGUACCGGCGAAUCGCGAAUGUCGCGGGGAUCAAAAUCGUCACAGUUUCAGUGUAUCUGUAGUGCAUGUUUCAGUGUAACCGUCACCGCGGUAUCGCUCUCUCGUCUCUCUCACGCAGAUCGAGUGAAGGUUAUGGUAAUUGCCGCGAAUUGAUAAUUGCCCGGUGUAGAGAACGAUCGCGUUUCGGUGAGUAACGAACAGUUAUGAGCAUCGAACGUAUAAAACAUCUUAUAAAAGUGCCGUAUUCAGUAGCAAAAAUAUCGCAAGUGCAACGGAGUGUUUUCGUACGCCAGUAAUUUGCGAGAAAGUUGGAAAAGGGAGAGGAGGGGAGAGAGAGGAGGAGCAGUCGUCCCGAACGUAUUCCCGGAAGUGUGCGACCGUUGGAUCUUAUUUUCGCGAAUAAAUAAACGCAAUACUGUAAGACCCUCCACAUUUUCAAUAUUAAAAUACAUCGCACUCGCGUAUCAUCAAUAUGUGUCGUUAAUUGGCGUAAAUGUAAUCGUGUGAUUAAUCUCGAUUUUAAUACGGGAUAAAAAAUUUUAACCGAGUUCGACGUGCGUGGAUUGUGUACAUCGGUGACCUGUUACCGUCCGGGUAGGUUAAACUCGAUUACGGUUUCCUUCGAAUUAAUCGUCAUAUUGGAAAUAGCGAAAUGUUCGUCGUGCAUCGAGUCUAGCUGUGCCCGGGUGCAACAUAAUUCGGAGUCGCGAGAGUCCUCUCUUUUCUCUCCUUUUCGUCGCAGUCAUUCCACUGUACGUCGCGUAUGUCCUUCUGACUUUCUCGAGUUUGUUUUCCCGUUGUCGCGUGUCGUGAAUAAAGGAUGUGACGACGCGUCGAAGCGGUCGAAUUAACCUCGAAAUAUCGUGUCGAAUGUUUUCGCGAGUAAAUUUUGUGCGAGUGCGGAAUUCUAACCUAAGAGGAGGAGGCGGGCUGAGAGGCAUCGGGCAUCGGGCAUCGGCGGAGCAACUUUGAGUUCGUGAUACACGUAACUCCGCUGCUAUGCAUCGGUGUUGGUGAGACUGACAGAAGACACUCAUUGAAAUUAUCCCGAAUAUCCCGUCAUUAUCGCGCCGCCGUAGAGAACGGACAAUGUGCAUGCAGGUGACCGCCGCCGAUACGCGAAACGGGGCCGGAAAUCUGGGUGGUAUAUCGCAGUGGCCUUGUUCUGCCCGGCGAAAGACAAACCGGGCGGAAACGUACGUCGACAAGGACCGACGAUGAGCUAGCGACACACCAUCAUGCCUAGGAUGAAGCAGCGCGCGCUGCAUACCUGGCCAUGGUUGUGGCUGUGGUUGUUUGCGGCCACGGCCGGCUCACCGUCUUCCGAAAGCCUCUCCGUGCCGACGACUCUUCUGCCACCACGUGGUGGCGGCGAGGAUGGUGGCGCGGAAGGCGACGGCGGCGACGGCAAUGCCGGUGGUGGUGGUGGUUCGAUGAAGCCGUCGAUCUCUUCGAUCGACACCGCGACGACCCUGCCGAUCACGUUUGAGGAUGACGGGAGACUUUCCUCGGAGUUCCGGUUCACGCAGUCCCUGUACAACGUUUCCAUUCCCGAGAAUUCCAUCGGCAAGACGUACGUCGUGCCCGAGGAGAGGAUGGGCAUAAAGCUCGCGUCCGCCGACAGUGACGUUGACGUCAAGUUUCGUAUAGUGAGCGGCGAUCGUGAGAAGUUCUUUAAAGCGGAGGAGCGCACGGUUGGCGAUUUCUGCUUUCUCCUGAUUCGGACUCGUACCGGCAACGUCGAUGUGUUGAACCGCGAGCGCAAGGACCGAUAUGUGCUCGAGGUGCGCGCCACCACUAGCAAACGCGACGGUAGGAACAAAGUGGUCACGCUCGAUGCGGACACGACGGUGGUGGUGACGAUCCUCGACACGAACGAUCUCAAUCCGCUGUUCUACCCGAUGGAGUACGAGACCACCGUGACGGAGGAUACGCCUUUGCAUCGCAGCAUACUCAGGGUAAUCGCCGAGGACGCCGAUCUCGGCAGAAACGGUGAGAUUUACUAUAGCUUCGCCGAGGAGACCGAUCAAUUCGCCGUUCAUCCGGUCAGCGGCGUAAUAACGCUCACAAGACCGCUCAGGUACGCGGAACGUGCUAUACACGAGCUGGUGGUCUUAGCGAGGGAUCGCGGCGCUCUGUUCCGCAGCGCGGGUACCAACCGCGCGAGCACCGCGAGGGUCACGAUCAGGGUACGGCAGGUGAAUCUGUACGCGCCGGAGAUCUACGUGCACCAGCUGCCCGACAUCGUCGAGAACUCGAACGCCGACAUCUACGCGAUCGUGCGGGUGAUCGACCGUGACGAGGGUGCGCACGGCCAAAUCGCGAGCCUUGACAUCGUGGGCGGCGAUCCGGCCGGGCACUUCAGAGUCCGCCCGGCUGGCGGUUCGCGCUCCGGCGAGUACAACAUCGAGGUGCUGCACCUGCUCGAUCGCGAGGCCGCGCUGCAGGGUUACAAUCUCACCCUGCGCGCGAUGGACCGUGGGGUGCCGCAGCGGUACAGCUACAAAUUCGUGCCGGUGCAUCUGGCCGACGUGAACGACAACGCUCCGGUGUUCAGUCGCGAGAUUUACGAGGUCAAGGUGCCGGAAACGGCGCCGAUCAACACCCCGGUCAUACGGCUCAAGGUUACGGACGCGGACGAAGGGAGGAACGCGUUGGUCUAUCUCGAGAUAGUCGGCGGCAACGAGGGCGGUGAGUUUCACGUGAACGCCGAGACCGGUAUGUUGUACACCGCUGUCAAUCUUGACGCCGAGAAGAAGGCAUUUUACACGCUGACGGUCUCGGCGAUCGAUCAGGGUAACGCCGGCACGCGAAAGCAAUCCUCGGCGAAAGUGAAGAUCAACGUGGUCGACACCAACGACAACGAUCCUACCUUCGAUCAGUCGGAGAUGGAGGUGGUGGUGGACGAGAACGAGCCGGCCGGCACGUCCGUCGUGCGUGUUACCGCGAAGGAUCGCGAUUCCGGCGAGAACGCCUACAUAUCCUACAGUAUCGACAACCUGCGGAAGGUGCCGUUCGAGAUCGAUCACUUCUCCGGUAUCGUCAGGACCAAGCAGGUGCUCGACUACGAGACCAUGAAGCGGGAGUAUCUGCUGCACGUCCGGGCCAGCGAUUGGGGCCUGCCCUAUCGGCGCCAGGCGGAGAUGCAAUUGCGAGUCAAGUUGCAAGACGUGAACGACAACCGGCCGCAGUUCGAGCGAAUCGAUUGCACCGGUCACGUGCCGCGAUACGUGUCGAUCGGCUCCGAGAUCAUCACCGUGUCCGCGAUCGACUUCGACGCCGGGAAUAUCGUCAGUUACCGCAUAGUGUCCGGCAAUUCCGACGGCUGCUUCGCUCUCGACUCGGCCAGCGGCGUCCUCUCGGUCGCCUGCGAUCUGUCGGACGUCAAGGCGACCGAGAGAAUCGUCAACGUUACCGCCACCGACGGCACGCACUUCGCGGACGUCAAUCCCGUUCACGUCCAUCUUGUGAACGCCAAACGGAAUCUGGGCUCGCAGGCGAGGAUCCUGACGGACGAGACCGGCGCCUUUGAGUGUCACGACACCGGAGUGGCGCGUAGACUGACGGACGCGAUCGCCUCCGCGGAGAAGAACAACAUGCCGUCGCGGGACGACGAGUACACCCUGAUCCCGAGUCGUUACGGCGAGAACGUGCACGCCCCCGAGUUUAUCGACUUUCCCAACGAGAUACGGGUCAACGAGUCGCUCAAGCUUGGGACGGUCCUCGUGCGGAUACGCGCUCGCGAUCGCGACCUCGAUUACAACGGCAAGCUCGUCUACGUCAUAUCCAGCGGUGACCGCGACUCCGUCUUCGGCAUCGAUCCGGAAACCGGCGACCUGAACACGAUCGGUUAUUUGGACCGCGAGCGGGAGAGCGAGUAUUAUCUGAACAUAAGCGUGUUCGAUCUGGGCAAGCCGCAGAAGUCCGCCUCGAAGAUGUUGCCGGUCGUCGUUUUGGAUGUCAACGACAACGCGCCCAAGUUCGAAAAGUCACUGGCGAGCUUCAGGAUCUCGGAGACCGCGCUGAACGGCACCAACGUGUGGCGCGCGAACGCCACCGACGCCGACCUCGGCGACAACGCGCGCGUCACUUACUCCCUCGUGACGGAGACCAACGACUUCCGCGUGGACCCCGUGACGGGCGUCCUGAGCGUCUUCGGUAAGCUCGACAGGGAGCGGCAAGAGAUAUACGAGCUGAGAAUCCGCGCGCGUGACAACGGCGGCAAGGACAACGACGCUCCGUCCUUGUACUCGGACGCGCUCGUCAGGGUGACCGUCGACGACGUGAACGACAACGCGCCCACCUUCGCGCUGUCGAGCUACAACGUCAAGAUCCGCGAGGACGUGCCGGUGUGGACCGUCGUCGCCGUCGUGGACGCCACCGAUCCCGACGAGGGCGCGGGCGGCGACGUCGAGUACUUCCUGUCGGACGCGAUGGAGAGCGAGGGCUUCUUCAUGGUCGACAAGGUGUCGGGUACAGUGAGAACGACUCAGAGCUUGGACUUUGAGGAGCGGCAGGUGCACACGCUGACGAUAGUCGCGCGCGAUCGCGGCGAGCCGUCCCUGUCUUCCGAGACGAUGCUCGUGAUCGAGGUGAUUGACGUGAACGAGAACCUCCAUUCGCCGGUCUUCGACGACUUCGUCGUGUCCGCGAGUGUCUUCGAGAACCAGCCCGUCGGCACCCUCGUCACUACGGUACGGGCGAAGGACGCGGACCCCCCCGGCGGAGAUUCCAGGAUCGGAUACAGUAUUCGUGGAGGCGACGGCGUCGGCAUUUUCUCCAUCGACAACGAAGGAAACAUCAGGACCAAGGCGGUGCUCGACGUCGAGACGAAGAGGGGAUACUGGUUGACCGUUUACGCCCAGGAUCACGGAGUAGUUCCGCUGAGCUCGAGUCUGCAAGUCUACGUCGAAGUGCUGGACGAGAAUGACAACACGCCGCUGACCGAGCUUCCAGUUUACUAUCCGUCCGUGCCGGAGAACUCGCCCGCGAGCGUGAGCGUCCUGCAGAUCUACGCCUUUGAUCGCGACGUCUCGCCCCAGCAAUUCGUCUUCACCAUCAGCAGCGGCAAUCCGGAGGGUUAUUUUCUCAUCAACUCCACCACCGGUCUCAUCAGCACUAGCGGCAGGAAGCUCGAUCGCGAGAAUCAAGCGGAGCACGUGUUGGAGGUGACAGUAAGAGACAACGGUAGACCACCUUUGUCGUCGACCACGAGGGUCGUCAUCGAGGUGGCGGAUGUCAACGACCAUGGUCCUGAAUUCGAGCAGAAGUUCUACACGGUCCAGAUCCCGGCGUCACCGGCGACCGACAAGCCGCUCUUCCAGAAAUCGAGGAACCGCUCGCGGGAGUUCGACCUUUCGAUCGAUACGUUACUAGAGAACGGGACUUGGGAGACAUUUAGCCCCGACACCUUGUCAGGAGAUCGUAUCUUCAGGGUUCUUGCAUACGACCAGGACAUCGGUGACAACGGGAGAAUCCAGUAUAGCAUCAAAGGCGGUCGGGGAAAGGGCAAAUUUAAAAUUCACCCCACCACGGGGAUGGUGUACUCCCAACGUGGAUUCGAGGCUGGUCAAGAAUACGAAAUGAUGAUACGAGCGGCCGAUCACGGCGAGCCCCAGCGCAGUCAUCAGACUCGAGUUUCCGUUCAAGUUGUGGAAGCACCGAAGGAAUCGGAGAACCCUCCAGUGUUUAAGACAAACAAUCAAAGCGUGGAAGUUACAGAGAGCGACGAGGCGGGCUUUUUAGUCGCUCUCGUGCAAGCUAGCGACAAAGACGGUGAUCCUCUGUGGUACGAUAUUUUAGACGGCGACAAGCGCGACGAGUUUUUCAUCGGUCGCGACAACGGCAACGUGCUGCUGGCCAAGAGAUUGGAUUGGGAGACUCAGAAUUUUUACAAUCUCACGAUCGGUGUAACCGACGGCGUGCACACGACACUGGCGCAGCUGCUCGUUACGGUGAUCGACAUCAACGAUCAUCGGCCGGAGUUUACUGAGAGUACGUAUCGCGUCGACAUCUCGGAGAACGUCGAAAAGGGCGAGCGGAUUCUACAACUGCACGCGACCGAUGAGGACGAGGACAAGAAGGUCUUCUACAGUUUGCACGCGGCGCAGACACAGGCCUCGCUUGAGAUCUUUCAUGUGGACUCGGUUCUGGGUUCGAUCACGUUGAACGAACCGCUUGACCGGGAGACCAUUGAGGAACACGUGCUGACGGUGAUGGUCAAGGAUCAGGGUACGCCGGCGAAGCGCAACUACGCCCGAGUGAUCGUCACCGUGCACGAUCACAACGAUCACGCGCCCGAGUUCAUCAGCGAGAUCAUCCAAGGCAAGGUGUACGAGAGCUCGCCAAUCGGUACGGCGGUGGUGCAGGUGUGCGCGAUCGAUCGGGACCGCGGCGAGAACGCCAGAAUCACUUAUUCAAUCACCUCCGGCAACGUCGGCAACGUGUUCACCGUCGAUCCGGACCUCGGUUAUAUCCGCGUCGCGCGCGAGCUCGACCUCAGCGUCUCCUCGGAGUAUAUUCUCCUCGUGAAGGCGACCGAUCACGGCUCGCCCGCGCUGGCGAACACCGUACCGGUGCAUGUAAUGGUGACGAUGGCCGACAACGCGCCGCCGCGCUUCAUUCAGAAGGAGCUGUCCGCGGAAAUAUAUGAGAAUCAGCAGUUGGGCACGUACGUGAAGCACGUGGAGGCACGGAGCACAUCGUCGCUGCAGUUCGAGAUCGUGCGCGGCAAUCGUGACGACACGUUCUUCGUAAAUCCAAGCACCGGCGUGAUCGUCAUCAAGAAUGAGCUGGACUACGAAAAGACCAAGUUCUACAAUCUGACUGUCUCGGCCACGAAUAUGGCCGGCGCCUCGGCCACUUGCAACGUCAUCGUUCACGUGCUUGACCGGAACGACAAUGCCCCACGUUUCCUGCAGGCUCAAUACAGCGGCGAGAUCAGCGAGGGUGCCAGCAUUGGAUCCCUCGUGUUGACCAACACGAGCGCACCCCUUGUCAUUAAGGCCGAGGACGCGGAUUCCGAGUUGAACGCGCUGCUCAACUACGACAUCGUCGAGGAUCUGCCGCGCAAGUACUUCCACAUAGACUCCAGCACUGGCGCCAUACGAACGGUCAUGCUGCUGGACCACGAGACCAUACCGAUGUUCGCGUUUCACGUGAAAGUCUCGGACCUCGGCAAGCCAAAGCUCUCGUCCGAGACCACCGCCAAGGUGAUGAUAGUCGUGACGGACGUCAACGAUUGUCCACCCAAGUUCUCUAAGACUGAUUACAAUGUAACGCUUCUGCUGCCGACGUAUAAGAACGUCGCCGUCACUCGAGUGAACGCCGUGGAUCCUGACAGCUCCGAGGGCGCCGCAUUGAGAUACGAUAUUAUCGAUGGGAAUAAGGCUCACACCUUCGAUAUCGAUGCCCAGAGCGGCAUUAUUACGGUCCAUAAUCCAGAACGUAUGAAGAAGAACUAUCUUCUCCACGUGCGAGUGUCGGACGGCAAGUACUCAAGCGUGGCGCAGGUGAACGUGAUGGUAGAAAAAUCAGAGAAUUCCGGUUUGAUCUUCCAGAAGAAUGUAUACGAAGGUGCUAUCCUGGAGAAUUCUACGAAGAUUACAACCGUGGUAGUGGUAAACGUUCUUGGUAGUUCAUUAAACGAGCACAUUGUCUUCAGCAUUCUUAAUCCCACCGACAUGUUCGUGAUUGGACCAACUUCCGGCGCGAUCAGAACCAAUGGCAUACGAUUCGAUAGAGAGAUGUGCGAUCAUUAUGAAUUAAUUGUUGAGGCGAAGAGCCAUCCUCCAGAUCGAGAGAAGCCCAGGGUUGCUCAUGUCAUAGUAAACGUCACUAUACUCGACAUCAAUGAUAACUGCCCAAUGUUCGUCAAUUUACCUUACUACGCUGUCGUCUCUGUUGACGCUCAAAAGGGCGAUGUCAUUACAAAGGUUCAUGCGAUAGACAUGGACAGCGGCGAUAACGGCGAGGUAAGAUACGAGUUGAAGAAGGGUCACGGCGAGCUCUUCAAGGUAUGCCGGAAAACCGGUGAAAUAUCGUUAAAGCAGAAUCUUGAAGGUCACAAUCGCGAGUAUCAGCUCACGAUCGCCGCGUACGACGGCGGAAUAACGCCGUGCUCCAUUGAGGUGCCAGUCAACGUGAAGGUGAUAGAUCGCUCGAUGCCGGUAUUUGACAAGCAAUUCUACACGGAUAGCGUGCUCGAGAGUAUAGAAGUACAUUCACCUCUGGCGUUAUCCAUUCAAGCUGAGUCACCGCUGAAUCGCAAACUCAUAUAUAGCAUUACUAAGGGUAAUGAUUUUGAGGAGUUUGCCCUGGACUUCAACACGGCCCCUGACAGUAACAAUGGUCCUUGUGUAAUCUAUGUGGUGGAUGAGCUGGAUUAUGAGCAGAAGAAGCAGUACGAGCUGACCGUACGCGCCACCGACAGCGUGUCAGGCGUUUACGCGGAGGUACUUGUCAGCAUCCUCGUUCUGGACGUGAACGACUGCCCGCCUGAGUUCACGCAAGACUCGUACAACAUCUCAGUGUCGGAAGCAGCAGUGUUUGGGACCCCUGUUCUGCGAGUGAAUUCCAGAGACAAUGACACGGGCAUUAAUCAACAAAUUCGUUACGCCAUUCAAAAUGAUACCGACGACAACACGGACCUCUUCCACAUCGAUCCCGACGAAGGCGUGAUAUUUCUCAAGCGAUCCUUGGACCACGAGAGCCGCGAAUCCCAUCACUUCACUGUGAUCGCUAUGGACCGAGGCGUACCAAGUUUGUCGAGCACGGCGCACGUCUGGGUGAGCGUGAUCGACAUGAACGACAAUCCGCCCAAGUUCGAGCAGCCCUCGUACACCUGUGUCCUGUCGGAGCACGCCGAACGCGGCCAAUUCGUGACAGUAGUGUCAGCCAGCGAUCCCGACUACGUCGACGAGAAGCUGACGUACACGAUCGUAGGCGGGAACGAGCAGCAGACAUAUAACAUCGACCAGUCGACCGGCAUUAUCUCGCUGAUAAAUAUGCAGAACUUUGGCGAGCAAAAGCUCAGUAUGCUCAACGUGUCCGUGACCGACGGUGUCUACACCAGCUUCACCCGCGUUAAGAUCGAGAUUCUACCCGCGAACAGGCACAAUCCGAAAUUCCCGAAUCCAAUAGUCGAAGUAACUGUCCUGGAGAAUCAGCUGCCCGGUAGAUUGGUCACCAGCGUGCUAGCCGUGGAUGAAGACUUCGGCGAGUAUGGCACGGUAACAUAUGCGAUAAUGUCGGAAAUGAUGAAGGACGUAUUUGACAUAAACAAGCUCACCGGCGAGAUAGUAACGCGUAAGAAGCUUGAUCGAGAAGAACAGAAGCGCUACGAGAUACCGGUCAUGGCGACUGACGGCGGCGGCAGAUCUGGAUUCGUGAUGGUGCGAGUUAAGGUUGGCGACGAAAACGACAACGCGCCGGUCUUCCUUCUUAGAGAGUAUAAGGCGACUAUUCAGGCCAACCUGUCGCUAAACACGCCUUUCUUGAAAGUCAGGGCGCAAGAUGCGGACGAGGAUGAGGCAGCCAAAAUUAUUUACUCCAUCUACGAACCACAAACGUCGCCAGCUAGAACUCUAUUUGGCAUAAAUCCUGAUACGGGAUCUCUUUAUUUGCAGAAGAGCGCUGUGCCAUGGGAAAACCAAUUGUUCGAACUCUUUAUUCGUGCUGAAGACAAAGGUACGACUACACACCAUGCUGAUGUGCCGUUAAGUAUCUACAUAAUGGGCUCUAACGACAUCCCGCCUCUGUUCGAGCGGAAAGAGGAUAAAUUCUUCGUGAGAGAGGACUCUUCCGUCGGCACACCAAUCACGAAACUUAAAACUGUUACAAAUAGUACCGUGACAUAUCGUAUAGUGUCCGGCGAUGAGGAUAACCCGUUCUUUACGAUCGACUCCCACGGUCAGAUCACUUUGGCAAGGCCAUUGGAUCGAGAACUGAAGGACAGUCAUUUGAUCGGAGUCCUCGCUGAAACAGAUUCCAGCCCACCGCUUACAGCUCUCGCCGAGAUCUCUCUUCAGGUGCUGGACGAGAAUGAUCACGCGCCGAAAUUCGAGAGCAAUCCGUACGCGAUCAAUUUGGCCGAGAACAUUGAGGAAGGAACAUCGAUAUUAAAAGUUAUCGCGCAUGAUAAGGAUCUCGGUAGUAACGGCGAGGUGCGUUACUCUUUCGGAUCUGACAUAGGGGAAUUAGCAAACGUUUUUACGGUGGAUGCUUAUACCGGUUGGAUAUCGACAUUGGUACAGCUCGACAAAGAAAAGCAACCGGAGUACAAGUUUCAGGUGGUUGCUACUGACAAUGGAAGUCCGAAGCACUUUGCAAGGACGUCAGUGCACGUCAAGUUAAAGGAUUACAACGAUAACGCGCCAGCGUUCGUCGACAAUAGCUAUGAGGCCACAGUGAAUGAAGAUGCUUUACCGGGGACAGUCGUAGUAAAACUGAUCACCGUCGAUAAAGAUACGGACGUCAAUACGCCGAUAGAAUUUUACAUAACGUCCGGCGAUCCUAGAUCGCAAUUUCAAAUCAGAUCUACCGGUGAGGUGUACGUGGCGAAAUCCUUGGAUAGAGAGACCAUCGAUCGUUAUGAGCUUCAGAUCAUUGGUACCGACGGAAAAUAUGUUUUCGAGACAAAGGUGACAGUGCAAGUCCUGGAUGUCAACGAUAAUCCGCCGUACUGUCUCAGAUACCGUUACAGAGAGAUACUUUCCGAGGGCUCGCAUCCCGGUGCUUAUGUCUUGACCGUUUUGGCGACCGACUACGACGACGAGCCGAACGCCAAGCUACGGUUCUAUUUAACCGGCGACAAUAACGACAAAUUCUCAUUGGACAAGGAAACGGGCGUAUUGAAGACUGUUGGUCAGCUCGAUCGGGAAACUCAGGCCAAGUAUUCCCUAACAGCCCACGUGCAGGACCGGGACAAGCCAACUUGGGAGUGUUCGUCGCAGCUCGAGAUUCUCGUCUCCGAUCUCAACGACAAUGCGCCGAAAUUUACUAUGUCAACUUAUACCAGUACUUUACCCGAGGAUGUAGAGAUCGGCACGUUGGUGACGAAGGUGCACGCUAUGGAUGAUGAUAUCGGUAUCAAUCGGAAGAUUCGGUACGAGUUCAUUGAUUCGGCGGACGGCCACUUUCUUAUCGCGCCGGAUAGUGGAAUAGUCACGUUGGCCAAACCGCUGGAUAGAGAAACGAAGGCCAUGUACAACGUUACCGUUCAGGCGCUCGAUCAGGGGACCCCUCAGUUAAUGGGGGUCGCCUCUCUCAUCGUCAACGUGCAGGAUAUCAACGACAAUCCACCCGAAUUCACUUCAAAGCUCUACUUCGCGAAAGUACCCGAAAGUUACACGGUCGGCACCGAAGUGGCACGAGUGCUCGCCACUUCAAAGGAUACAGGAGUGAACGCCGAUAUAUAUUAUUCGAUUGUCGGUGGUAACGAACACAAGAAGUUCCAGAUUGAUGCCAAGACGGGCGUCUUGACCAUCGCUGAACAGUUGGACUAUGAACGGGCUCGCGAUUACUUCCUCACUAUCCAAGCUGUCGACGGAGGCAUUCCGCCACUGAACAAUCAUGCCACUGUCAAUAUCACUGUCACCGACAGCAACGAUAAUGCGCCAAUCUUUAGCGAGGUUUCGUACAGAGCCUUCGUGAGGGAGGAUGCGAAAAUUGGGGAGAAAGUUACGCAAGUAUAUGCGAAUGAUUUGGAUAGCGAGGAGAAUGGCAAUGUGUCAUAUUAUAUAGAACGUGGCGACAGACAGAAGCAAUUCUCCAUUGACAGAAAAACUGGACAAAUAACUGUCGCCGCACCAUUAGACCGAGAAGAAAUGGCAAACUAUGUGUUGGAAGUUCACGCGCGCGACAAUGGCAUACCGAUGCUUUCGAGCUUUGUGAUGGUGAACAUCGAGGUUCUGGAUGCUAACGACAAUCCGCCAUUGUUUUCUCUGCAGAAUUACACGGCUGUCGUGCAGGAAGACAAACCAAUCGGCCACACAGUUAUGCAAUUUGUGGUCACCGACGCGGAUGUUGAGCCGAAUGCCGAGCCGUACACCUUUGACUUCCGUUCCGGGAACGAGGGCGAUGCCUUUCGACUGGAGCAGGAUGGCACUUUGCGAACAGCGACGAAAUUUAACAACAGAGUAAAGGAUAAGUACGUGCUGCACGUCCGGGUAUUCGAUAACGGUAGUCCACCGUUGUACUCGGAUGCCUGGGUCGUGAUAAAAGUAAUCGAGGAGUCGCAAUAUCCGCCGGUGAUUACACCUCUCGAGGUGAUUAUUAACUCUUACAUGGACGAAUAUCCUGGCGGCAUUAUCGGGAAAGUCCACGCAACCGAUCAGGAUCAGUACGACACGCUUCUCUUCAAUUUGGUACUGUCUUCGUCGAUCCCGAGCACCGAUCUCUUCCAGAUAGACAAGAUCGACGGUACAUUGGUGGCUCUGCCCAGACUUGACGUGGGCGAAUACAGGAUAAACGUUAGCGUGACAGAUGGCAAAUUCCACUCGUACUCUGCUGUGAAAGUUAACAUCGAUCUGGUGACCGACAAGAUGCUCGAGAGCUCCGUGAUCGUGAGAUUUCGCGAAGUUAGCCCGGAGGAUUUCAUGUUGAGCCAUCGUAAGGGCUUUGUCAGAACUGUUCGCAAUGCAAUGAACUGUCGGCUCAAGGAUAUCGUUAUUAUCAGCGUGCAACCAUCGACCGAUGAAGCGAAUUUGAUUAAGUCGCGAGCGAUUCGUCAAGCAGUACACAACGAUCUUGAUCUUCUAUUUGCCGUAAAGAAGGCAAAUCCCACGGGUUCAUCAGGCUUUUAUGCCUCGGAGAGCAUACGCGAAGCAUUGAACCAGCACGUGGAGGAGCUGGAAGAGUCAACGAAACUGGUCGUCGAAGAGAUUGUCCGGUUCAAGUGCAACAAAGGCUACUGUUUCUACGGUGACUGUCAGGACAAGAUCACUCUAGAUCCCACACAAAUCACGCCCGUGUCUACUGACGUGAUGAGCUUUGUUUCGCCGCGUCACAAGCACAAGAUGGAGUGCAAUUGCAAGGAGGGAUACGCCGGAAAUCAUUGCGAAGUGGUAGUUAAUGAGUGCGCCAGGGAUCCCUGUCCUCUGUUUAAGGUCUGUGUGCCGGACUCUUCCAUUCAAGGAUACUCAUGUCAGUGUCCCGAGGGAUACGCCGGCCAGACUUGUGACAUCGACAUCUCCAAAUGUCAUGAUGAGUCGUGUUACAUUCCACGAAAUCCUAUAUCUUUCAGUGGCAAGAGUUACGCGCGCUAUAAGAUCGACAAAGCCCUAAUACGGCAAACGAUCGAAGAUCGUCUCAGUUUAUCCCUGAGAAUCAGGACGAUGCAGCCGACCGGCAAUCUCAUGUACGCGGCUGGUAAGGUUGACUACAAUAUCCUAGAGAUUGUUAACGGCGUGAUGCAGUACAAGUUUGAUCUAGGCAGCGGCGAAGGGUUAGUCAGGGUGAGCAGCGUGUAUGUAAGCGAUGGACAGUGGCACGAGAUCCAACUGGAGCGAGAGAGUAACAGUGCCCGAUUGACCGUAGACGGAAAACACAUCGCUCACGGUUCCGCGCCCGGUAUCAACGAUAUACUAAAUCUGCAGUCGGAUGAUCUAUACUUAGGCGCUGAGGUUAGGCAGCAUCCGUCGAUUAUCGGCUUCGAGGACGUGCAGCGCGGCUUUGUCGGCUGCAUGGACGACGUCAGGAUCGCUCGGGUGUCCGUUCCGUUGCACAUGAGUGGCGCCAGCAGCGUAGCAAUUCUUAAGCGAUUUGCCAAUGUCGAGUUCAGUUGCGAUACGGCGAUCAUUCUGGUACCACCGGGAGUCUGUGGCUCGCAGCCAUGUCAGAAUGGCGGUACUUGUAAGGACAUGGGCAGCGACAACUACGAGUGCCAGUGUCACAGUCGGUUUGCCGGUCUGGCCUGCGAGAUCGACACGGACCCGUGUGCCUCGUCGCCCUGUCUCUACGGUGGCCGUUGCAAGAUCGUGCCGGAAGGCGGCGAUUACGUCUGCGAGUGUGUCGGGCCGAGUCUCAGCGGUAAACGUUGCGAGUUCGGUAGAUAUUGUAGCCCGAAUCCGUGUAAUCAUGGGGGUGUGUGCGAGGAGGGGAACAACGGCCCGAUCUGCAAGUGCCAGGGCUUCAUGGGCGACCGCUGCGAGACCGACGUGAACGAGUGCGACAUGAGUCCGUGCACAAACGGCGGCACUUGCGUGAACGAGAUCGGCACUUACAGAUGCAUUUGUCCGCCGAACAUGACCGGUCUCAACUGCGGUAACCCAGCCUUCUCCACGCCUAUCAUAUCCAGCCACUUCAAUAUCCCGUGGGACCAUCUCAUGUGGAUUGGUGUCGCGGUGCUGCUUAAUGUUCUUCUCAUCGUCAUAUUCGUCGCGUUCUGGCGAAUCCGGACGAAGCGAACCCGAACGCGCGCCAAUAAUAUCAACAAUGAGACGCGGAAGCAAAUUGUCUUGAACUCUGCAAGACCACAAGAACACGAGUUCAAGCGCAGUUCAAAACUAAGCAAUCUGGAAGUCAUACAGAGAGAACCUCCCCAAUGCCCUCCUAGACCCGCUUCCUACACCCCGAGCUCGAACAACGAGCCCGUCACGUAUGGUAACUCAGCGGCGGUGGCUCUGAAUAACUUGGACACCCUGCGCAGCUACGGCAGCGCGGGCGAUGAGCUCGAGAACUUCCCGCCAGAUUACCUGCGAAAUUUGAAUCGCAGUACCCCCGUACCACCCCCGUCCCUGACCCUCGCUAACCCGGUCAGCGGAAAUGCAACUGGCAGCGAUACGGACAGUCUACACAAGCCUACCUGGCAGGAGCAAAUGCAGCUGGCUUCCUUCAUCACCGAUACCACGAAAAUCAAGAACGACCUGAAACGAGCGAGCCCAGUGGUACCAGAGCUGACCACUGGAGGACUUCUAUUAAACUCGUCUCGGCGGACGCCUCACGCGAUUGGGUCUUCUAUCGCCUCCGUCACGUCCAUCGAGGAUGAUCCUCGCAUCGUCGGCGGGUAUCACUGGGACUGCUCAGACUGGGUGAGACCGAGUCAAAAUCCCUUGCCUAACAUCACGGAGGUACCCGGCAGUGAAGUCCCAGACUCGUCCAGCUUCCAUAGCAAUGAGAGUAAUGAGUCUAAUACUCAUCAAUUACCAAUGAUGCACGGUCCAGUAGAUCCAACAAGGGACAUUGAGACCCUAAACGAAGAUCAGGAAUCUGAGUACGUCGGUGAUUCCGAGUGCGGAACCGAGUUUUCGGAACAGUAUCAUUGCGCGGAAACGCAACGUCUGAACCCUCUCGACAGCGGUGGUGAGGGUGAGUACAAGUAUAAGAGCUCCGAGAGUUAUCUGCGCCAUCCAAACUCAUACCUACCGCACUAUAAUAUUCACACCGACACCGAUAAUGAGACGAACCCGCUCAAUGGCCGUCUCAGUACCCUCGAGUCAGACGAGGAAGAAGACGACGUAGUGCCUUAUGGUUUUCCGAGCACCCGCCGGAACCGAUGCCACAAGGUGAUCGAAGAAGAUGAGAUCGGUUCCGUCAUCACCACACUCGAGGAAAGGAACUCGCUAUUAGGCGCGACCAGUAACAGCGAUCUCUCCACGAAUCUCUGCGAGAUCGACGAUUCUGAGUACGAGAUCGCGGAUCAGAAAAGCAACGGGCGCUUGUGGCUGUCGGGGAACAGCAUCACGCAGACCUCAGUGUGACGAACGGUGGUGCCCGAGUACGCGGAUAGAUUGAAACGCGCGAGAAAAGCGUGUCUCUCCGUUCUGAUUCUACGAUUGAGACGCGCGAAUGUCUGUGAAUAUGCAAUUUUGUACAUAAAAUGUUAUAUCGCCGUAGAAAAAUAAGACAGUCUGUACAGAGGCAGCUAUGAAAUAAGAGAAACUCAUUGUACGAAGCCACCGAGUACAUGUUCCGAACGCAACCGCGCGCGUACGAUAUAUGACAUGAAAAAUUGCGCCUCAAAUCUCCUCCUGCAGGUAGAGUUCAAGCAUCAGCGUACUUAAUCUUGCAAACUAAUCCCGCGAAUAGUUGUGUAUCCUACAUUCGCAAGCAGGAUAUAUGUUGCAUCAUAUUGGAAUCGAAAACAUUUCGAGAGUUUCUGUUCUAUUUAUUUUACUAUUAUCAGAUACAUUAAGUAUGUAUGUCAUAGUAAUAUACACAUCAAAUGCAAAAAAUAUUCAUCCAGGAAAAAUAUAAAAAAACUAAUUUUUAGAAAGUAAACUUUAACAAUUUGUAGCAACGAACAUAAUAUUCCUUAAUAUUAUUUUAACUAAAAAGAUGUAAUAAUGAAAUUAUUCUAAUAAGAGAUACUAAAAAGUUUUAUUUGGAUGCAUAAAAAGUAUUCGUAUAGUUGAGAAAUUUAGCUUCUAAGAUUAUAAUGAUUACUUUUGCGAAGCUGUUAUUUUCUUAUUAUUUUGUCAUUUACUCAGAACCUUAGCAAUACAGUCAUUUAGAAAUUUAAAAGACAUCUUAUGUGAUAAAUAUCUUAAAAAUAUCUUUUGAGGUGUUUUUUUAGAUAUCAGUAAAUAUCUUCUAGAAAUCCUGUAAAGCUAACUUCAAUAAAAUCUUUUUAGAUAAAGGUGUCUAAAGAGUAGACCUCUAGACAUCUAGAAAUAUUUUGAAGAUAUCAUUAAUGAAAUAUUUUUUAUAUAUUUACCUUCAUUUGCUAGAUUUAUUUGUUUAAUUUCACACAGAUUAUGCAACUAAUAAUUUUUCGUUCUUUACUUUCUCUAGCUUUGCAUUUUGUUUGAAUAACACAGUAAAAUUGAUAUUAUUAAUUCGUCAUAAUUAGAAAACGUAACGUUCUGUUCUAAUGUGAAUAAGAGAACAAAAGUAAUCAUGUUCUAAAAUCUUAAAAGUUAAAUUUUUCGACUGUGACAAUACUUUUUUGCCUUAAUAUAUUAUUUUUUCAUUUUUUAUUAUUGUUAGAGUAAUUUAAUUACUGCAUUUUUUAGAAUUAUUAAAAAAAAUAACAUUUAGGAAUAUAUCUAUUACGUUGUUAAUAUAUUGUUAAUUAACUGUUGUUUACUUUCUAAAAAUAUUUUCAUAUCUUAUAUGAAUAUUUUCGCAUUUACUAUAUAUAAACGAAUAUCCAAAAUACAGAUUGACAUAAUUUUAUGGCUUGAUAAUAGAAAAAUAGAUAUCUGAACAUAUAAUAUUGGUACGUUUUUUUAUUUUCAAGCCAUCUUUUCUCUUCUAAUUGCAAGGAUCGUGCAAAAUAUGCAAGGAUGCAUUAUAAUUAAGUUCCUAAAACUUCUUGUAAACUAUUGUUUCAAAUUAAUUUUUGCUGCUUUCCAUUUAUCUGAAAGUGAGACUGAGUCAUUCAAUAAUGUGAGUAUUUUAUAUUUGGAUAAUGACGUCAUUACUCAGUGAUUUAAAGAAAUAUGCAAGUGGUCACGCUUAUUUUAAUGACAAAAUUAUCUCAAUAUAUAACCUCACUUCUAAAGUGAGUAUGCAAGACUCAGUAAAGCACACGGUCUUGAAAUUGCUCAGAUUGUAGGAAAAAACUCAGUUGAAUCUCACUUGUGAGAAUGCAAAAGGAACGUGCAUUUAACUGAGUUAUGACGUCACAAGUGAGAAUUAUCUGAGUUUUGAUGUAAAUGAAAAGCAGCAUUUGUAUCUAAAUUUUAUUUAUAAAUUCAUAAAGUAGUAAUCCAAAUUUGGGAUUCCCAUUCUCACUUUUGCACUAAAAAGGUUUCCCGAAAAUUAAAAUCUUUGCACGAUCCUAUUUAAUAUGCAAUGUAAAUAUGAAUUAUUUGUUUAAUCAAGAAGAAAAUUGCAUAAUUACAUAUUAGAUAACGCUAUAUACUGCAUACAUUCUUAAUACUAUUUUAUUUUCGUAACAACUGAAAAUAUUCUUUUUGACUCUACCCAAGGAGAUGAGAUUUGUUAGAGAAAAAUAAACUAUGUGGCAACUAUGAGGACACGUAAGAAAUUAUAUUGAUUAAGAAAAAGGAGAAUUCAUUACUUGAGAAAAAAAUGAAAUUAAUCACGACCGUGUCGUCAGACCAAUGAUUAUUGUUUAAAUGACCUAUCGUUUAAAUUUAACGUAUUAAUCCAACAACUAUAAUUCCAGUGCAAAGGAUACAUAGAUAUUUAUGUAUUUUUACUAUUUGCUAACUGACGUUAUUUUGAUUAUGUAGUAUUGUGUGCGAGCUUCAGUGUAAACGCGAGCUUCAUAUUAGAAGAAAUCAAUAUAUCGAUCGCCGAUGUCAGCUGACGGUCGUGGUCAUCGCGUUGGGUUUGCGUCGUAUUCAGACUGGAGUGGAUCGGCAUGCCCCGGGCUCACCGAUUGCAGGAUAUUUGAAUUCCUCAGCGUGCCAUUCUCGGCGACCGUUUGAACGACAUCGGGAUGUCGAGUUUCUUCACUAUGUCGUACAGCAUACGCGGUGGCAUCCCGUACUUUCGCGCCGCCGCGAGGCUGUUCAUCCUGCCCCUCACAGCGGCGCGAUCCCGAACAGUCUAAUUAUUAAUAUUUUAAUCAAAGAUAAUUGAACUGAAGAAAUUUCGUACAUUAACAAUUGAGUUGCAUAAGUUAAAUAUUGAGCAAAAAAUUUGGAAUCAGAAAGAAUCGGAAAGAAAAGAAGUCAGCGUCUUGAAAGCUGUUCUCUUUGAUCUUGCUUGAUGACUUGAUGAUGAAAAUGUAGCGCUUUCCGCGCCGCGCACUCCCGAGCACUCGACCGCACGGGCACGCACGAGAUAAGAUAGCACGUUUCUUUAGAGAACGAAUUUUAUUUAUUUACUUAUUUUUUACUCCAACUUCAUUACAAAGCGAUGAUCAUGACCGUCAGCUGAUAUCGGCGAUUGAUAUAUUAAUUUCUUUUAAUAUGAAGCUCGCGUUCACAAUGGAGCUCGCACACAACAGUAUAAAUGAGAACCGAAGGACUACUUAAUGAUGCAUAUAUUAAGUAACAAGUAGUGGAGAUUAGCGUGUAAAUCUGUAAGUAAAUGGACUCUAGUGAAAAAAGAAAAACAGCCUCCUUCGCGUUACGGAGCGCGGUUACAUGUGCGCGACACACGCUGUGCAUGUGUUUAUUGCACAGAUUAUAAUAGUUAAAAAAAAUAUAUGAAAUAUUUUUACUGUGAUGAUAAUAAUGUUUAUACGACGAUCAAAUACUAUGACUUGUAUCAUAAUAAUUGCAAUGUUAAUUACUCAGCGUUUUAUAACAAAUUUAAGAAAGAAAAGAAGGAAGAGUGAUGAAAGAGGCGACAUCCUCUUCCACGUAAUAUGUAAGCUAAGUCAACGUUCCGUUUAUUUAACUUUCUUUUUCCUUUUAUCUCUUUAUUCGUCAGUCACCAUCAGUACGACCGAUAAAUUUGCAUACAUGGUGCUACUAUUUACAUCACGCUUUAUCAUCUAUUUACUAUCUUUAAUAAGACUGCUCAGAGGCGCGAGGUGAUUCACUUCUUCGUGCCCCUUACCAAUCUGCCAUUCGCAUCUCAUAUAUUCAUCAUAGAAACCUUCAUAUAAUAUAUAAUACUUUUUAAAACUGCCAAUUAAUUCUUAAUGCCAUAUAAGCAAUGCACUUUCUUAUAAUUUGUAUAAAGGAGAUAGAAGAAUCAAGGAACAAUCUAUUUACGCGUCUAAGGUUUUUUAAUCAUUGUCACUUCCAUUUAGAAAAUACUUUUCAUCAAUGAUAUAUAUUGUAUAACGGCAGCUUAUUUGGGUGAGGUAUACAUACAUUCUUUUAUACGUGUAGAAUUUUGUUGAGAAAUUCGAUCUUAUGUUCCUGUUCUGUAAAGGAUGCCACUUAUCCUACUUGUGUGUCUAGUAGGAUAACAUUAGCGAAUCAUAAUAAUAAUAAUGCUAAACAGGGUGAUUUUUAUGUUGACCAAGAACAGAAGCAUCGUCUCUCGUCCUUAUAAGUUAAUAAAAUUGGGUGUGCUUCUACUUUCUGAAAUUUUAGAAGAUUAUUAAUACAAUAAAACGUUUAUUUAAUGAAAUUUUUUAAUGACUAUAUUUAAAAAAUCGCAUACAAAAAAAGAUUUAAAAAAUUGAUUCUACUGGUUGCAACAAUAAAAAUUCAUUAAAAAUAAUAUAAAAUUUCAGUAAUAUGAAGCACAAAUAUUAGAUAAACAUUUAGAUAAAUUUUAUUUAAAAAAAAAGAAACGAUGAAGCACAUUGGUCAAAGACUGUAAAGUAGUAGAUAUGGAUGUAACAGCGGACUUUUUAUAAAUAGCGUAGAAAUCGUUUAAUGAUCUUACAAAAAUUGCCCGUCUUUUAGAAUUUUUCAAUUGAUGAAAUAGUAACAUUAAAAGUAAUAAUUAUUAACUUCUUUUAUAGUUAUGUAGUACAAAAUUGAUUAAAAGCAUAUUACAAAUGGUUUGUACAUAUAAUUUUCAGUAAAUUAUUUAUUGCUUCAGGCCUACUUACUCGCGAGUUAUGUUCUCGAAGAAUUAAAAGAGAGAGUGUAAAAAAUAAAUAAUUUUAUCGAAUAACAUUUUAUAUAUAAAAUAAUUUUAUAAAAUUAUUUAUUGUUUGCCUCAAACAGUUUGAAUGUACAUUUUUGUGAACCAUAGAACUGUGACAAGAAAAAUAUGGGAAACAUGGGUACAAUUUCUAAAUUCGCCAUAACAUCUAGCCCUGCUAAUAGAAUACAUAUCGAUAUCAUGAAAUCUUUUAAGAAAACGAGGAACUUGACUUGUUAUUAUUGUAAGGCUAUAAUUAAUUUGUACAAGAUCAACCUAUUGUAAUAAAGAAACCAAUCUUGCCUA